CAUAAGUCAAUCGUGUUGCCGUUAAAUAACAUGGAAUUCUAGCUAGCAUUGUAGCAUUUUCAGUGUAUAUGUUUUGUGUUAUAACCUGUGUUUUUUUGCUGAUCUGUGUUGUGCUGUUGUGGAGUGUACUAAGAAAUCAUGACUUGAAAAUUUCAACAAUUUCAAGAAAUAAUACUACAUAUCCUAAAGAAGGAGCUUGUACUGUUCUAGAACAGCAACAAAAAUGCCCCCAGAUUCGAAGAAGGGCGGUAAACUUGCCCCCUUAUCACCAUCACCGGUAUUGGACAUAUCCGACGAGGAACUGGUCACUAUCUCCGUGAGAGACUUGAACAGACAGCUGAAGAUGCGGGGUUUGACGAGAGAUGAGAUAGUCAGAAUGAAGCAAAGGAGGAGAACACUGAAAAACAGGGGAUAUGCUGCCUCCUGCAGGAUCAAGAGGAUAGAACAGAAAGAUGAGCUGGAGACAGAGAAAAACCAGGAAUGGAGAGACAUGGAGUCGAUGAGAGAUGAUAUUGCACAUGCAAGGGAAGAAAUGGCUGGUAUCGAGCAAAGAUAUGAGGCCUUAAAACAAUUUGCAAUUAGAAAUAAGAUUCCCAUCCCUCCAGAGUUAGAUCAGUUAUAAAUCAAAUUCAAGCGGAUAACAAAAUGAAAAUGGUAUUUAUCGAUCCGUUCAAGGGAGUGUGGUUAUCAGUUUGGUUAUGAGAUCCGUGACAUCAUGAAUCAGCUGUUAUAAGUCAUAGUUAUCACCGCAAAAUUGUGGUAUUUACCCAACUCAGGAGUAGUUUUAUAUUUCUGGUUAUUAUUUGGAAUGUGACAAGUUAGAUUUUUGCCAGGUAUUGGAUAUUGUUAUUGUACUUCAGCUUCAUUUUUGGGAAACUUGAUACAGGCCGACUUCAGUGUUAGCAUAAAGUGGAGCACCUUAUCAGUUAUACUCAUUACUGUUAUUGGGAACAUUUUAAAUCUAGUUCCUAUGCUUAACAAGAAUAUUAAAUUAUGGCCAUAUAAACUCACUGGAUGAUGUCCACCUGUAUACGGUUUUGCUAAUAUCUUUUUUCAUCAUGCGGAAAAUUUUAGAGAAUUGAAAGUUAUCAUAGCUACAAAACCAUUGAUUAUAGUUAGAAAAAGUACAACUCAUAGGUGAAUGCUACACAAUUAUUGUUUACUGUCAUCUGUUAGUAUUUACCACAGAAUGUGAUACUUAACUGUAGCCAGGAUGUCAGUAUCCAUCAAACUUUGGUGUCUACUGAGGUAAACAACUGAUCAGCAAGUGACAUUUUUGUGUUAGUCUGCAACAUUGGCAAUAAUGGGUUGAGUAUAAAUCUACCAAAACUUGUUUGUGGCGAUUUGUUUUUUGUAUGCAAAUGAACUUUUCUAAAUAAAAGAACUGUUAUCAAGUACAAAAUAAAUCUCUAAUGUACAAAAAACCAAAACAAAAUUCACUUCUGACUACCUGGCAUUGAUGGAUCUGUCAGAAUUAUGUUACCUGCGUCAAUAAGGGGAAUAAUGAUUACUCUUGAAAUAGGGUAUAACUAUUGAUGAUUAAGGUUAUCCUUUAACCGCUAACGUGCGACAGUCGUACACAACCGCUAACGUGCUGUCUAAGAUAUCGCUACCGGUUUUUGUUACUUUUUAUGAAUGGUACAACGUUUUUAUUAAUAAUAUUUAUUUGUAAAUGCUCAAAAAACAAUGUAAUUAAGUUUCAGUUAGACUAAGCGAUAACAUAGACAUAAAAAACAACACAAACAUGUUUUUCUGGCAAUUUCCAAGUUACUUCCUAUCUAACAUGCAUUCAAUGUACAUCUUCUUGGAACAUUGCAAGUAUAUGGGUUUCUGAUUACAGACUGUGUUGGGAUUUUCAAUUUUCUUUCAUUUGCAGAUAAUGUAAGGGAAUCUGAUCCUUUUCCAGCGUAAAUAUAGGCAUUAUUAAGGUAAUUAUUUCGGGCAUCUGUCAGGCACAUUAUUUUGAUUCCAUAACGAGCCGGUUUUUUCGGCAUAUAUAUUUUAAUUUUACAACGGCCCCAGAAUGCUACGAGCAUUUCAUCCACGGUAGCAUUAGUGCCAAUAGAGAAGGCAUUCUGGGAAUUAUCUAUGAAUUUAUUGGAUAUUUUUGAUAUGUGAGGCACAGGAUCGCCCUCAAUUUGUCGUUCAUUUCGUAAAGUUGCAUCGUCAAAUCUAAGAACAGUAAGGCUGCGGUCUCCAAUUUUCACGUAAUAUGCGUCUAGCGUUUGUUUACGUCACGUACUGCGUUUGUACGUCGUAGGCAACUUCACGUGGUCACUACAGAACAUUACGAAUGUUGUUGGCGUCAGUAUCAGUCGAGUACGAUCUUUUCAACUUGUUUUGUAAAAAAUGGACGAUGAAACAAUUUUAACUCUUCUUUUACUCGAAAAGGAGGAGGAUGACGAUUACUUAAUACGGAUGUCACUAAAGAAAAAGAGACGAAGAAAGCACGAGUUAUUUGUGAAGAGAAACAAAGAAGGUUGUUUUAACUUGCUGCUGAACCAAUUUUGUAAUAACGAUACCAAGUUUAUAGAAUAUUUUCGAGUGUCCAAGGAACAAUUUACACGUGUGCUGAAACUAAUUGAAAACGAUAUAACCAGACAACCAUCAAAAAGAUACCGUAAUCCCAUUUCUGCUGCAGAAAAAUUAGGUGUAACGGUAAGAGGCGUAACAAGGAUGUCUUCAACAGUCGCCUGAAGCAAACAAUGAAUGCCGACAAUCCUGAGGCUGGAGCCGACGUUGCCACAAUUACAGAAAAUUCGCAGAAAAUGGUGGGGAACGAAGAGAACGAAGAUAGUUGUAUAAAAUGUAAAGAGGAUAUAAAGGAAGAUUACUACACGUGUGACGUAUGUAAUGGGAAGAUUCACCAGGUUUGUGCACAGCUAAGUAGCUCAGGAGUGAGAUGUAUGCCUCUACAAAAAAGAACACUGCUAUAUAAUAAUAAUAAUAAUAAUAAUAA